AUGUCGUCGAAACACGUCGUUUUUGAUAUCGUCGGAACACUGGUAGCAUAUGACCAUGUGUUCGACGCCCUUGAUACCCGUCUAGGCGAUCGAUUGCGUGCAGAGGGUAUCAAGCCUCGUUUGCUCGGGUACACUUGGAUGGAAGCUGCGGAACGCGAGUACACCAACCUCAGCCUUGCACAAACAUAUGUUCCAUUUGGCGAAGUUUUCCGCGCCCUUUUCUACCGCAUGCUUUGGAUGGCCGGUAUUGCUGAGCCACGCCAAUGGGCCUCACCUGAAGAUCUUGAAUAUAUCAUGAAGGAGUACCAGCUGCUUGAAUUUCGUCCUGAUGCCGCCGAAUGUGUCCAAAAGCUUCGUGAUGCCGGAUUCACAGUUUGGGCAUUCACAGCUGCAGACAUCAACCGUGUCGGAGGGUACUUCAAGAAUGCUGGCGUGGAACUUCCCGCGGAGAACUUGCUCUCUUGUGACGAUGCAGGUGUUGGAAAGCCUGACUUGGCAGCCUAUCGACCCUUGCUAGAUAAGCUCAAGUCUGAAAAUGAUGGAAAGACACCGUGGUUUGCGGCGGCGCAUAUGUGGGAUGUCUCUGCUGCUAGAAAAGCUGGAUUCAAGGGUGCAUACUGCUCUGUAUGGGAGAAGGAGUCACUUUCGGAGCUAUUUGGAGAGAUGGAUGUCAUGGAUGAUACUUUGCCAGGAAUGGCUGACAAGAUCAUUGCCCAUCAAGCAUCUUCUUGA